CUUACUCUCAUCCGCGUUCAACAUCUUUGUUUUCAUUGCAGCCAAAAUGAUCUUCAAGACAUUCUUGAUUUUGCUGGCAUUAUCGCUGCCUGCAGUUCCAGAGGCUUCAGUGCCGCCGCAGGACAUGUACGUGGUUCACAUGGACCCGACCAAGAUUCCAGAAUCAUCAGGAACUACUACAUGGUACGAGGCUGUUCUUGAUUCCGUCACUGAAUCUUCAGCUUCCGAGAACCCCCCGCCGCAGUUGCUCUACGUUUACGAAACCGCCGUGUCCGGUUUCGCCGCAAAACUGUCCAGACAGAAUCUCGAAUCCCUGAAACACGUCCCCGGCUUCCUCGCCGCCGUGCCGGACGAAAUGCUGACACUCCACACCACCCAUUCCCCUCAGUUUCUCGGCCUGAGAACCGGAAAAGGCCUCUGGGGCGCCAAGAAUUUAGCCUCUGACGUCAUCGUCGGCGUCGUCGACACCGGAAUAUGGCCGGAGCACAUCAGCUUCCGCGACGCCGGAAUUUCCCCGGUGCCAUCCCGCUGGAAAGGGACGUGUGAGGCCGGAAAAGGCUUCUCCCCUGCAAACUGCAACAGAAAACUGAUCGGCGCAAGAACAUUCUACAAAGGGUACGAAUCCAUUGUCGGAAAAAUCAAUGAAACAUCGGAGUUUAAGUCCCCCCGCGACUCAGAAGGCCACGGAACGCAUACGGCUUCCACGGUGGCCGGAGAUUCGGUGAAAGAUGCAAGCUUUCUCGGGUUAGCGAAAGGAAUAGCCAGCGGGAUGAAAUACACUGCAAGAAUUGCAGCUUAUAAAGCCUGUUAUUCAUUAGGCUGUUCCAGCAUUGAUGUUUUAGCAGCUGUAGAUCAAGCUGUUAAAGAUGGGGUUGAUAUUUUAUCCCUUUCCUUGGGAGGAUUUUUGCCAAAACCAUUCUACACUGAUAACAUCGCCAUAGCUGCAUUUGGAGCAACCCAGAAAGGUGUUUUUGUGUGCAGUUCAGCAGGGAAUUCUGGGCCGUUGAUUUCAAGUGUUAGUAAUACUGCCCCUUGGAUUAUGACUGUUGCUGCUAGCUCCCUGGACAGGAGGUUUCCAGCUUUGGUUGAGCUUGGAGACGGGCGGGUUUUUCGCGGGGAAUCGUUGUACUCAGGGAAGGAUGUAAAGAAGAAAUUGGGAUUAGUGUAUGGGAGAAAUGCAGGGGGGAAAGGAGCAGAGUUUUGCAGCCAGGGCUCACUGUUUUCCAGGCUUGUUAAGGGGAGGAUUGUUGUUUGUGAGAGGGGAAAUAGUGCUAGGGCUGAGAAGGGGAGUGAAGUGAAAAGGGGUGGGGGGGCUGGGAUGAUUUUGAUAAACAGAGAAUCAGAAGGGGAAGAAGUUUAUGCUGAUCCACAUUUCUUGCCAGCCACAGCUUUAGGGUAUUCCUCAGGGAUUGCUGUCAAAAAGUACAUUAAUUCGAGUAAAAGUGCGACCGCUUCAAUCAAGUUCCAGGGCACGGUUUAUGGGAACCGUGCCCCGGUCAUGGCCGUGUUUUCGUCUCGAGGGCCGAGCGCCGUGUCGCCCGAGAUCAUCAAGCCGGAUGUGACCGCCCCCGGGGUGAACAUCCUGGCAGCUUGGCCUCCAAACAUUGGCCCAACAAUGCUUGAAUCUGACAACAGAAGUGUAGAUUUCAACAUUCUUUCUGGUACUUCCAUGUCCUGUCCUCAUGUUAGUGGCCUGGCUGCCCUCCUGAAAUCUGUCCAUCGAGACUGGUCUCCGGCCGCCAUAAAAUCGGCUCUCAUGACCACUGCUUACACCCUAGACACCAGAAGAUCUCCCAUCACAGAUUCUGUUUCCAGAAACCUAAUCUCAGCCACCCCUUUUGCCUUUGGCUCUGGCCAUGUGGAUCCUGAAAGGGCUGCUCAUCCAGGCCUGAUUUAUGACAUUUCCACUCAAGAUUACUUCAAUUAUCUCUGCAGCCUGAACUACAACUCCACCCAAAUCUCUCUACUUCUGCGGAAAAAAUCCGCCUGUCGAGGCCACCACCACCCCGGUGAUCUCAACUACCCUUCUUUCGCUGUGAUUUUUGACAGCAGCAGCAGAAAUUCCAGCCACACUUUCACAAGAACAGCAACGAACGUCGGGAUUCCUAAAAGCGUUUACGCGGUUCAUGUGAUGGAACCUGAUGGGGUUUCAGUCAUUGUCAAGCCUAAAGUCCUGAAAUUUAACAAGAUGGGCCAGAAACUGAGAUACACUGUCAGCUUUGUGGCACAAAGAGGAAAGAUUGCAUCAGGUGGGGACCACUCAUUUGGAUCUCUGGUUUGGAAGUCCAGAAAUUUUUCAGUCAGAAGUCCCAUUGCAGUCAUUUGGCAAGAAGAUUAGGAUGCAUUGAUCAUUAUAUUUCACCAAAGUUUUUAAGGAAUUUUAGUGUUUUCAAUUAAAAAAAGAUGGCAGCUUUUUAGCUCAAGUAGUUCUGAUAGUGUUAUAAUAAUGCCUAAUUAAAGAUUGUUCAAAUGAUGUUUGCCUAAUUCUCCGACACU